UCUUAGGAUAUCUUUACUUUUACUCAGGUAUGACAAUUAGGUACUUUUUUCACCACUGCAUUCUGGGAGUAAUUUCACUGGUCUUGACUGUACACAUAACAUUGCUAUUGGAAUCCUUGCAGUCUUUUGAUAGCUGAGGAACGCUCAACCCCGCUCUCUUAUAUCGAGGCAGAGUUGCGCAUUGAUAACGGGUCGCUUGAUUUGCUAGCAGCAAUAUUAAGUGACAAUCAAUCAAUACUUUUAUCAACUACAACCACCUACUUUCCUCAUUUGUGUUGCUCAGUGCAAAUGUGAUUGUGCCAAUUGGAUCUCAGUUUAGGUAGUAUUUCAAGGGCACUACGUCUCCAGUUAAGCGACACAAUUGAGGAAAGUUGGUUGUAUUCAAGUUUUUAUUAAAAGUAUGAAUUUCAGUACCCCGCGGAAGGACCGCAGUUAGGUACCAACUUAGGUAUUUUAAGAAUUACAAUUUUACAAGUAUCGACUGAUGGUGACUCGAUGUUUUUGCUAAAAAAUCACACGACCAGUUAUUAAUACUCAACUCUGCCUCGAUAUGAGAACAGAGACUUCCUCAGUUGUCUUUGGACUACCUGUAUUGUCAUGGCUGUUUGUAAAUGGGGGACAUUUUAAGUUGAUUACCUUUCUGCACCCUUUCCAUACAAACAGCACACCCAUCCCUUCAUGGUGUGAGUUCAACCCUUCCUUAUCUGAUCUUCUGCCAGACCAAGGAAGCCAAAUUUAUCACCAGGGAUGUCAUUGACACCUUGAACAGCUGUGAUACAGCAUAUAUAACCCCACCCAUGUCCCAGUCCCCUAUUAUCAGUAGGUAGAUCCAGCUAAGGCCUGUAUUAUUAAAAAGUGAAUGGGUAGGUCAUGGAAUGUGGCAAUUUUGAUGGUGGAGGCCAUAAAAAAAACUGAACUAACCAUGAGGGGUUGCAGUUGCUCAGGGGUCUGCUCCCUCUGUGUAAUUCUACACAUUUUGCCACGGGGUGGAGAGAAGAUUUAGAGAUUUCUGAACUAAUUUCAUGCAACUCUACUACAUUUUGCCAUUGGUCUGAGAGGAAAAUUGGCUGUUUUACAGCUAAUUUCUAGCAAUUCUAAACAUUUUGACAUAGGGUGGAUAGAAGGAUAUCAUUAACGGCAUACAUGAGUGAGACUAACUAACCCCAAGCUGGUAAUUUGAGCAUGAUAACAAGUUUAGAUAGCAGGCCACUAAACUAACUUGGCAAUCUAAAAAUUGACUAUCAAUGACUGACACAGCAAAAGAAACUGCUGAUGCACAACCAAAUUCAGAAAUGUCACCUUGUGUAUUCUACUAUUCUAACUCGCAACAGUAAGAUGAGACCCUGAGUUCCCUAUUUAGCUAUUCUAUAUUUUUUUUAUUUGGAAAUUCAUCCCAGGUCUGCCAGUUGCCCAUCUCCGUCCUAGAUAAAAGCUCAGUGAGAGAAGUUCUGACACAUUCCGCUGAGGGGCACAUGCAUUCCCCUGGCUCUCACUGCUCUACGCCCUGACUACAUAAGGUUAUAAGCACCUUAGUUUGUCUGGGGAGGGGUGUGAGUUGAGAGAAAGGAUAUGUGGCUGAACAGUGGUGUGUUAACUACACUAGUGGGGAGAGGCUGGAGAAGGGGAGAAGUACCGGUAACAUGUGAGGUCAUGUAGAGGCCCCUUUGGAGUAGGGUAGGGCAGAGGACAUUCUACCUCUGGUCAGUGUUAGUCAAUGAUUACAAUCAGUCAUGUCUCAACAUCACCUCCCCUUAUGAUGCAACUGGUCAGUAAACCAAUCAAGAAAAUCCAUAGUUACAAAGUAAACAAAAUUCCAGCAGUUAGCCUGCCCUUUCAACAACCUCGCACACAAUUAAAGUAAUGAUUCAAAUGCUUGAUAUCAAAUCUCAGUAUGAGGGUGAGAAUCAUUUUGCUUUCAGCUGUUUCUGUCUUCAGAUCAAUCUGUUUAGCCUGCCCCUCUACAACCUGUUGUUUCUUAGCAAUAUGAGUCUUAGUGUCAGUAUGACUUAUGAAUUGUGAGUCAAUAGGCUAUGUUGUAUCUUGGUAUCAGUAUGAUGAAUAGUGAGUCAUGUAAUAAGUGCUGCCUGCCUUGUGUGUUGUACUCUGCCCGGUAUUAUAGUCCCCAGGUAAACUCCUGGCCCUGGGUUGGUUCAUGGGAGAGGUCUGAUUAGUACCUUUGUACUGAUUGGCUCCUCUUCACUGAGCUCUCUGAGUCAGUACCGAUGCAGUUUGAACAACUUCUGUCACUCUGUUUGGUGUAGUCUUUCUCUGCGGAUCCCUUUCCUUCAUUAUCCCCUUCAGUUGUUUAUCUUUUCUCUCUCCCCUGUGGAUAGGUAGGACUGUACACUCGCUACUUGGUCGACCACGGUAACUCACCACGAUGCCGUUCCCCUUUGGCAAGUCCCACAAGUCGCCGGCUGACAUCGUCAAGAACCUGAAGGACAGCAUGACGGUGUUGGAGAAACAUGACAUCUCUGACAAGAAGGCUGAGAAGGCCACAGAGGAGGUGUCUAAGAGCCUGGUGGCGAUGAAGGAGAUUCUGUAUGGCACCAAUGAGAAGGAGCCCCAGACAGAGGCGGUGGCCCAGCUGGCCCAGGAGCUCUACAACAGCGGCCUGCUCAGCACCCUCGUAGCUGACCUGCAGCUCAUCGACUUUGAGGGUAAGAAGGAUGUGGCUCAGAUCUUCAACAACAUUCUGAGACGUCAGAUCGGGACGCGGACGCCCACAGUGGAGUACCUCUGCACUCAGCAGAACAUCCUCUUCAUGCUGCUCAAAGGGUACGAGUCUCCAGAGAUCGCUCUGAACUGUGGCAUCAUGCUGAGGGAGUGUAUCAGGCACGAGCCACUGGCCAAGAUCACCCUGGGGGCUGAGCAGUUCUACGACUUCUUCAGAUACGUGGAGAUGUCCACGUUCGACAUCGCUUCAGACGCAUUUGCAACUUUUAAAGACUUGCUAACGAGACACAAGAUUCUGAGUGCAGAGUUCCUGGAGCAGCAUUACGACAGGUUCUUCAGUGAAUAUGAGAAGUUACUCCACUCAGAGAACUACGUGACUAAAAGGCAGUCCCUCAAGUUGCUGGGAGAGCUUCUUCUCGAUCGACACAAUUUCACCAUCAUGACGAAAUACAUCAGCAAGCCAGAGAACCUCAAGCUAAUGAUGAACCUUCUUCGGGACAAAAGCCGCAACAUCCAGUUUGAGGCCUUCCACGUCUUCAAGGUGUUUGUGGCCAACCCCAACAAAACACAGCCCAUCUUGGACAUUCUUCUGAAGAACCAGACCAAACUCAUCGAGUUCCUCUCCAAGUUCCAGAACGACAGGACGGAGGACGAACAGUUCAAUGAUGAAAAGACGUAUUUGGUCAAACAGAUCAAAGAUCUGAAGAGGCCGGCCCCCCAGGAGGCCUGAGGGAGGGGCUAAAGGUGUCCAGACAACAUCUGGAUAACAGACUUGUCAGCAGCUGCUGCUGUUCUAGUUUUUCCACCAUUUGAGGAAACGAAACAAAAAAAUAACGCACCCACAUCAAGUCAUCAGGAAUUCUCCAGCUCAUUCUGCUGUUCAACACAACGGACAUUCAAUUUUUUUUUUCUUCUGAUUUCUUUUUCUCCUUUAAAAAGAAGAGCUGAACAUAAUAGAUGCUGCACAUUAAGACAUGUGGAAGGGUAACAUCAACAACACAACAAAGGUCAUUCAAGCAAAUAGUAACAAUGAAAUCUACAUUUGAGCGCUAUGCAGACUUCUGACACACACACAUAUAAUGCUAUAAUAUCAGCAUAAACCUCGAGAUGGCAAGGUACUAGCAAAGUGAACAUUGGGGUGUUGGUUGCAUGCCUUGUUCAAAUGUGACAGAUCCAUGGCUGUGCUUUGGGCUAAAUGCUGGCUGAGAGAUUACAUUUCCAGUCUUGCCCUGUCUACUUACAGUGCCACAGAUGGCAAAAAGCACGUACCAGCUACAACUCUUAUCUAUGCCUUCAUUGUGUACAGCAGCAACAGUGAUGCAUUUUAAAAUGGGUGCUCAAAUGGCCUCACUAAACCAUGCAGCUAUUGGUGUUGUGAAACAGCACAAAGCAGAUGGUAUGGAUAAAAUGCUAGAUAUUAUUUCGGUACAUGCCUGAAUUGGGUUUCUUUUUUUGUUCUGGGAAAGGGUGAACGUGUACAUAUGCCAUUAGUGUUUUUUUUUGCUUUGUAGAUUUUGUUGAAACAUUGACACAUGGAUAUACAGUACUAGUCAAAAAUUGACACCUACUCAUUCAAUGGUUUUUCUUUUAUUUGUACUAUUUUCUACAUUGUAGAAUAACAGUUAAGACAAAUUAUGAAAUAACAUAUGGAAUCAUGCAGUAACCAAAAAGUGUUUAUUUUAGAUUCUUCAAAGUAGCCGCCCUUUGCCUUGACAGCUUUACACACUCUUGGCAUUGUCUCAACCAGCUUCAUCUGGAUUGCUUUUCCAACGGUCUUGAAGGAGUUCCCACAUGCUGAGCAGUUGUUGGCUGCUUUUCCUUCAUUCUGUGGUCCAACUCUUCCUACCCAUCUCAAUUGGGUUGAGGUUGGGUGAUUGUGGAGGCCAGGUCAUCUGAUGCAGCACUCCAUCACUCUCCUUGGUCAAAUAGUCCUUACACAGCCUGGAGGUGUGUUGGGUCAUUGUCCUGUUGAAAAACAAAUGAUACUCCCACUAAGUGUGAACCAGAUGGGAAGGCAUAUCGCUGCAGAAUGCUGUGGUAGCCAUGCUGAUUAAGUGUGCCUUGAAUUCUAAAUAAAUCACUGACAGUGUCGCCAGCAAAGCACCCCCAACUCAUCACACCACCUCCAUGCUUCACAGUGGGAACCACACGUGGAGAUCAUCCGUUCACCUACUCUGCGUCUCACAAAGACAUGGCGAUUGGAACCAAACAUCUUUAAUAUGUACUCAUCAGACCAAAGGAAAGAUUUCCACCGGUUUAAUGUCCAUUGCUUGUAUUUCUUGGCCCAAGCAAGUCUCUUUCUUAUUGGUGACCUUUAGUGGUUUCUUUGCAGCAAUUCAACCAAGAAGACCAGAUUCAUGCAGUCUCCUCUGAACAGUUGAUGUUGUGUCAGUGUUACUUGAACUCUGACACAUUUAUUUGGGCUGAAAUUUCUGAGGCUGGUAACUCUAAUGAUCUUAGAGGUAACUGGGUCUUCCUUUCCUGUGGUGGUCCUCGUGAGAGCCAGUUUCAUCAUUAGCGCUUGAUGGGUUUUGCUACUGAACUUCAAGAAACGUUCUACUUUUUUAAAUAUUAUUCUCCGUAUUGUCUGACCUAAAUGUCUUUAAAGUAAUGAUGGACUGUCGUUUCUCUCUGCUUAUUUGAGCUGUUCUUGCCAUAAUAUGGACAUGGUCUUUUACCAAAUAGGGUUAGGGUUCUGUAUAUUCUGUAUACCACCCCUACCUUGUCACAACAGAACUGAUUGGCUAAAAUGCAUUAAGAAGGAAAUUCCACAAAAUAUUAUACUUUUUUUUAAAGGAACACCUGUUAAUUGCAGUGCAUUCCAGGUGACUACCUCAUGAAGCUGGUUGAGAGAGUGCAAAGCUGUCAGGGCCAAUGGUGGCUACUUUGAAGAAUCUCAAAUAUAUAAUAUAUUGAUUUGUGCAACACUUUUGGUUACUACAUGACUCCAUGUGUUAUUUCAUAGUUUUGAUGUCUUCACUAUUAUUCUACAAUGUAGAAAAUAAUAGUAAAACUAAAGAACCCCUUGAAUGAGUAGGUGUCAACUUUUGACUUGUACUGUGUGUAUAUAUAUAUAUUUGACUUUGAAACAAGUUUUUUUUGUUAAUUCUAAUCAAGUACAUUUUGAAAACAGUGACGGGUAAAAUCAGACAUUAUGCGUUUCAUUUUACUUCUGAAUUGAAAUGGUUUUUAUUUGUACAUCACUUCAGCCAGGGCCAGCUCUUACAUUGUUAACCAUUAAUAAUAAUUAGUACAGCUGAGGAAUGUCAUGGUAUUAGCCUGGAUCUCUUAAUCCUCAUUGUCCGUCUGUAUUUAAGUAACUCAGUUAAAAUGUGUUGGGUGCCAGGACAGAGGGGUGGAGGGGAGCCCGCCCGGGGGCCAGGACAGAGGGGUGGAGGGGAGGCCGCCCGGGAGGGGAAGAGUUCUAACGGAAACAUGACAUUUGUGCUGAGCAGCCAGGUAAUAGUCAUGUUGCAUGCAUCAACCAAUGGUUGCAUGCUAUGUCAUCAACUGUCAUUGACUGACAGAUUGCUAUAACAUGAUGGAGUUAGCUGAUAUGUAAAAUAUCUAUCCAGGCGUUUAAGAUCUGGCAGGCUUCAGCAACGCUUGGGCAGAGGAACACACCCUUCAUCUCCCAACUGGAAUCUGAUCUGGGUGUUUGUGUGGAUUUCAGGGAAUCGGAACAUUCUCCCCCCCACUCAUCCACUCUGGUUUAUUAUUAUGUUCUAAUUUCACCGCUUUCUGGUGGUGUCGGGGUGUUGCAACAUUCUGAUUUCCCCCCCAUUUCAUUGGGGUUAAAAUUCCAGUACAAUCCCGGAGCAUUGUGUAUUAUUUGGAGAUUGGCUGAGUCAGUGUAAAGUAAACAAUCUGCCAUUUGAAGCACAGUAUUUAUUUGAGGGAUGGAGUUGAUUGGAUGAUAUGAAUAUCUUGCAUAUAUAUCACUCAACAGACAUGUUUAAUUGCAGUGAAGGAUAUGGUCAGAGUGAUGUUGAGCCGAGUGCUUUUGACUGAACGCUCAUCCAUAUAUCCCAAUAGACGACUGAUCAGCCAUUUCAUUGUGCAAACCAACAGAGAACAGUACGCUAAAGACCAGUAUUCCUCAAUGCAUAUUUAAAUUGCAUGUUCCUCUACUGGCUGCAUGGUACUCUACAUACAAUGUUGUGCUGGAAUUUUCUUCCAAAUUUUUUUUUUUACAUUUGAGAAUAGCCAAAUAAUCUCAUGCUUUGUCUGACCUCCUAACCUUUGACUCCAGUCCCAGCACAUUGUGUAUGGGUGCUUUCAGAAGUGUCAAAGGCUCUACAAUCUAAACAACAGAAAUAAAGGAUAAACAUUUGGAAUAAAUUGAA